AUGAACCGAUCCCGCUACGUUCCCAGCCCUAAUCCGGUGUACCCCGUCAAUCCGUACCAGCAGCAGCAGCAACAACCUCAACACCCACACCCACAUCAACAAAACCCACAUCAUCAACAACAACAACAUCAACAGCCUCAACAGCCCCAGCAACAACAACAACAAUAUGGCCUCCCCCCCGGCAUGAUGCCCUUCGCCAACAGCCCCCAACUCAACCUGGGCCAUUCCCCCCUCCAAAUCUCUCCCAACACCGUCACCAACAACCCCAACAUGUGGACCACCACCCCCACCGUCCCCCCACCCCCACCCAACUUCGCCAACGGUCCCAUCAUCGAAGACCUCUGUGCUCCACCCCCGCCACACAUGACCAUGGCUGGCGGCAUGGCAAUGGGUGGAAUGGGCGGGAUGGGCAUGGGAAUGCCAAUGGGAGCAGGUGGCAUGAUGAAUGGCAUGCCUUUGCCGCCGCAUCAUCGUAUGCCGCCGCAGGUGCAGGCUCAAGUGCAGAAUGUUUAUGGGUUACGGCCGGGGGGGAUGAUGCCAGGUAUGCCAGGUAUGCCCGCGGGUAUGCCCGGGAUGCCGGGUGGGAUGCCGGGGGGUAUGCCAGGUGGGAUGCAAUCGUCGCGGGUGGUGGGUACAUACCCGCCGUAUACGGGACAGCAGCAUGGUGUUGCGGUGCCGUUUCCACCGCAGAUGAUGCCGCCUCAGUAUCAUCAGCAGCAUCAACAACACUUGCAGCAGCAGCAGCAGCAGCAGCAGCAACAUCAGCAACAACAACACCACCUUCAACAGCAGAGGCAGCAGCCGCAUGAGCAACAAGGCUUGAACAACCCCUUCCCCCCACGUCUAGACACGGGAUUCCUCACCGGCUUAAACGGCGCCGGCAAAGCGGGGAUUUCGGCACUUCCUGGACCAGGUGGGCCGGCGAUGGGACAGAUGGCGUCGCCGGAGUUGGGACUGGGGUUGGGGAUGGGGGGAGAUGGAGCUGGGGUUGCUGGGUCUGGGAUAGAUGGGGAGAUGGGAAAUGGGGGGCCGUUGACGCCGGUGGAGGAGGCGUUGAGGGGGUUUUUGAGUCCGGAUUUGGGGGGGUUGGGGGAGUUGGAUUUGGGGAUUUUGGAGGGGAAGAGGUAG